UCUUGCCUUGAAGAAGAAGAAGACGUACUGCGACACAGUGGCUGCUCUUGAUGAGAACUCAGUAUUGGUCUGGCUACUAAUUGCUGGGUUAACAGAAUUUAGAUCUGUUUGGCACUUCGCUUUCGUGUAAGGAAUCUCAAGGUGACCCGUUACGAAGCCUAAUACCAUGGCGUGUCUUCUAAUACAUGUACCAGGGUGUUCUCAGCUACUACGCAUCUUCCUUUUCCUUGGUUUGAUCAGUCAAGGAUUAUCAACACUAACCAGGACAACUAUUCCGCCAACUCAGGCAUGGUGUCAAUGUCGAACAGGACUUAAUAAUGUUUUUAAAGCCUGCAAGUUUUAUGUAGACCCAAUCUGCUCAACACGUGUUAUUUAUACCGAUGGCACCGGACGUUGGAUAUCAACUUUCAAAGCGAAGGAAAGACUCGGGUACCGUUUGUCUUACACAGCUUCUCCCUACAAUUUGGUUGGUGUGAUGGAGAGAAUCCUCACAUCCAAGAGCUAUACCUUUGGAUAUCCGGGAGCGUACGCUCAAUACACAGAGAUCCGGAAUUAUUGCUCAAUGCCAAACAAAAUUAGCAAUGGAAACAUAACCGUGUUUGGUAGUGCACUGGCGGUUUUAUAUUAUGGUAAACUAACAAUUGACAGUUUGGCAUAUGUUACCUGUCAGCAAGGGUAUCUUCCACCGAAUCUUGAUCCAAUGAAAUGUGUUGGAGGCAAUGCUACGCAUGGCAAGUGGAAUCAGCAACUACGGUGCGACCGUGUUGCUUCAUACUGCCCAAGUAAGAUCACAAAUGGAGUGGUUGAUGCCAACACUACUCACAUCGGAGGAGACGCAAAUGUUAUAUGUAAUCAUGGUUAUCGCCCAUCCAGUAGUUAUCCAACUAAAUGUACUUUUAGCACUGACACCCAUGGUGUGUGGAGUCGUGCUCUACCAACUUGCGAUCCUCAACCUAAUUAUUGUUCAAGUAAGAUCACAGUAAGCAAUGGAAAUGUAACCGUGUUGGGAGUCAGCAUUGGCAGUGUCGCAAAUGUGACCUGUGCGGAAGGUUAUCGUGCACCCAAUAAAGUGACAUGCGUUGGACACACUGCUACAAACGGCAAGUGGGAUAAUGCAGAGUGCACAAAAAUUGCUUCAUAUUGCUCAAGUGAGUUCGCAAAUGGAGCGAUUGAUGCGAACAUUACUCACAUCGGAGGAGUGGUAAAUUUUAAGUGUAAUUAUGGUUACGUCAGUGACGAUGACGACCAAGGAUCUGGAGGCACCCCACUUACAUGCAUUGCAUCGAAUACUACGCACGGUGUGUGGGAAAAUCUACCAAGUUGUAGUGCUCAACCUAAUUAUUGCUCAACUGCCAUCUCAGUACUCAAUGGAAGGGUAAUGUUGGUGGGAGGCAGCAUUGGCAGUAUUACAAUUGUUACCUGCAAUAAUGGUUAUCAAGCACCCAUUAAUAACCAAGCGACAUGCGUUGCACACACUGCUACGGCCGGCAGGUGGGAUAACCUAGAGUGCAAACCUAUCGAGGAUUAUUGCCCAAGUACGAUCACAGUAAGCAAUGGAAACGUAUCCUUGUUCCAUGGAUCCACUGACCGUCUUGCAUGGGUGACCUGUGAGUAUGGAUACCUGCCACAGAAAAGCACACCAAUGACAUGCGGUGUAUACAAUGCUACUCAUGGCCAGUGGGAAGAUCUGCUGGAGUGCAAGUCUCAACCUAAUUACUGUUCCAGUACGAUCACAGUAAGCAAUGGAAAUGCAACCGUGUUGGGAGACAGCAUUGGCAGUGUCGCAAAUCUUAACUGUGAACAAGGCUAUCGUGCACCCAAUAAGGUGACAUGCGUUGGACACACUGCUACGAACGGCAAGUGGGAUAAUGCAGAGUGCACAAGAAUUGCUUCAUAUUGCUCAACUACUUUUGCAAAUGGAGCGGUUGAUGCGAACCAUACUCACAUCGGAAUAGAGGCAAAUUAUACGUGUGAUAACGGCUACGUCCAAGGAUUUGUAGACAAGGCACUUAAAUGCACAGGGUUGAAUGCUACGCACGGUGUUUGGGAAAAUCUACCAAAUUGCAAUGUCGUAUCUGAUUAUUGCUCAACUACCAUCUCAGUAAGCAAUGGCAAGGUAACGGUGUUGGGAGGCAGCGUUGGCAGUGUUGCAACUGUUACCUGCAAAUCAGGUUAUCAAGCACCCAGUAAUAACCAAGCGACAUGCUUUGGACACAAUGCUACGGACGGCAGGUGGGAUAAGCUAGAGUGCAAACCUAUCGUGGAUUAUUGCCCAGGUACGAUUACAGUAAGCAAUGGCCAUGUAUCCGUGUUCUAUGAAUCCAUUGCCCGUCUUGCAUGGGUGACCUGCGAGUAUGGAUACCAUCCACAGAAAGACUCGCCAAUGACAUGCGCUGUGCGCAAUGCUACGCAUGGCCAGUGGGAAAAUCUGCUGGAGUGCAAACCUCAACCUAAUUAUUGCCCAAGUACGAUCCAAAUAUACAAUGGAAAUGUAACUAAGAUGGGAAGCAGCAUUGUGGAUGUGGCAACCAUCACGUGUAAAACAGGUUUUCUUGCAGACCCUAAGGACAAAGUAGCAUGCCUCAAACACAAUCGUACGCACGGCAAGUGGGAGUCAGUACAAUGCAGCCCGAUCCUGGAUUAUUGCCCAAGUACGAUUACGGUAAACCAUGGAAAAGUAACCAUCUACCAGGCCACCGUUUACCGCUAUGCAUGGGUUACCUGUAACUAUGGAUACCUGCCACAGAAACACACGCCAAUGACAUGCAGUGAGCACAAUGCUACCAACGGCAAGUGGGAUAAUCUGGUGCGGUGCGAUGCUAUCACUGAUUAUUGCCCAAGUAAUUACAAUACAAGCAAUGGAAAUGUAAUCAUGUUGGGAAACAGCAUUAAUGAUGUGGCAACUGUUACCUGUGACCUCGGAUAUCUUCCAUCGAAUACAAACCCAGUGACAUGCAGCGCAUACAGCCAAACGUACGGCAGGUGGAAUAAUCCACCUUCUUGCGAUUUAAUCGCUUCAUAUUGCUCAAAUACAUUGAGAAAUGGAGAGAUUCACACGACCGGUACUCCUAUUGGAGCGGAGGCAAACUUUACCUGUAAUGACGGCUACAGCGCAACGAGUAAUUCUUCAAUUCAAUGCACUCGCAGUACUACUGCACACGGUGUGUGGAAUCGUCUACCAAGUUGCGACCUUAUACUUAACUAUUGUGAUAAAUUCGUAGCUCCUGAGCCCGCCACGGUCCUUGGACAUAAUGGGACGAUUGGCGCCAAGGUAGUCAUAUCCUGUGAGGAUGGAUAUGCAUUGUCUGAUGCAUCUCCAGUGGUUUGUUCUAGCAGUGGUCAAUGGAGUCACAAUCCAGAGUGUUUGCUUGUACUUGAGUACUGCGGUACAUACCAAGCUCCCGUCAACGGUAGAGUUAACAACCCCUUAAUCAGUCAAUUGGCACUGACGCACGUGUGGCCUGUACGGAUGGUUACACUCUAUCUACUGAAUCUCCAGCGGUUUGUUCUAGCGGUGGUGUUUGGAGUAGCUAUCCAACGUGUUUGAUUCGACCUGACUAUUGCCCUGCUCUCUAUGCUCCUGACAACGGCAUGCUUCCCGCAUAUGAUCGGUCGAUCGGGGCCAAAGCACCUGUGUCCUGUAACGAUGGCUAUGCAUUCUCUACGGAAUCUCCAGUGGUCUGUAUUAACGGUGGUGUUUGGAGUCACAUUCCAAAGUGUUUGCGUAUAACUUACUACUGCAAAGAUUUCCAAGCUCCUGACAACAGCAGAUUUCCGCAUAUAAUCGGUCAAUUGGCGCCAAAGUAGUUGUGUCCUGUGGAAAUGGUUUCGUGUUAUCUGACGCAACUCCAAUCGUCUGUUCUAGCGGUGGUGUUUGGAGUCAUAAUCCAGUGUG